AGAAGGAGGAGGAACAGAGCGGCGAGGAAGUAGCUAAACCAGAAAUAACUAAUAAGACAUUCACUCUGAGACGGGCGGCCAGCCGGCCCGGACGAAUGCGCUGUUACAGCGCUGGAUUUCGGUGACCGGAAAGCACAACUCGGGGACCGCUAGGGAGGGCCCCGACCGAGGAAGACCGCCGAAAGGCGGUCACCAAAUCAAGCAUGGAGCAGUUCGAGCAGCUGCUAACCUGCGCAAUAUGCCUGGAUCGAUACAGAAAUCCAAAGCUCUUGCCAUGUCAACACAGCUUUUGCAUGGAACCGUGCAUGGACGGCCUUGUCGACUAUGUUCGUCGACAGGUCAAAUGUCCGGAAUGCCGUGCCGAACAUCGUAUACCAUAUCAGGGCGUGCAAGCCUUUCCGACCAACGUGACACUGCAGCGAUUCCUGGAAUUGCAUAUCGAGAUCACGGGGGAACUGCCGGACCCGACCAGCGGUCAGACCAUGGAACGCUGUGGCGUUUGCUCCGAGAAGAGUUACUGUCAGCUGUGCGUGCACUGCGAGAAGAAAUGUUGCCCCGAGUGCAAGGAUGCGCACAUGGAUAUAUUGAGACGCGAAAUCGCGCGCAUCAAUUCUCAGGUACGCAGGGGAUUGCACAGACUCCAGGACGCGCUGGCCCUGGUGGAGAAGAACACGUUGGGCCUGCAGACAAAUUGCGCCUCGGUCGCCGAAGAAGUGGACGAGAUUUAUCGGAGGCUGAGCAAGGCUUUGAAAGACCGUACGGAACAUCUGCGUAACGAGGUCGAUCGAUACCUCGGCACCGAGCUCAGAGGCCUGAUUCAGCUCAAAGAGAAUCUCGAAUUGGAAAUCGCGAAUAUCCAGAGCAACUGCGAUCUGGCGGAGGCGCACAUAAAUGAAAACGUGCCGUGGGACGACGCCGAGCUCUUGGACACAAAGGAACUCUUCUUACGUACGGUGGAAUUUAUCAGGAACUUCGAAUACGAGGCGGGGGAUUACAACCGACGAGUCCGCUUCGUGAUGGCGCACGAUCCGAAUCAGCUUGUCCUUCACGUGGCGGGUUACGGUGAAUUGAACAUUAAACCGGAAAGCGGAAGCGGCGGAUUGCUGGGGAGCUCGAGCAGUUUAGCCCCACCAGUGGGCUCGCCCGGUCUUAUGAGGAGCAAGAGCGAUCACCGUCUCGCCUCGCAGUACAGGCAGCAAGAGGAGGAACGGCUGGCCAGGAAUCGAUACGUUCCUGAAUACGAGUACGACGCGCCGGAGUACGAGGUGCCCAGGAACAAGUCCAGGUACAGGAGUCGAUUUAUGCGGCAUCGGGACGGCGACGAUUCCGACGGUGACUCGAGGUCGACGGUGAGAUUCACAUCGGCGCCGCAGGAGUCGUCCGGCAUGCGGGAGCGCGUUCUGGAUACGGAGGACGCCGCACGUGGUCCCCUGUCCGGAAUAUUUCGCCUGACAGACUCGCCGCGGGUCAUGAAGAAGCUGCAGGAGUGCGAGCGUGCCGGCAAGAGGAAGAAGGAGGAGCCGGCGAGUCAGCCUGCGCCGCAACCACAACCGCCUAAGCCACAGGUACAAGUGCGAAAGGUACCGACCGCGGUGGCGAGACAGACCAGCGAGGACGACGAGAUCUCGAGGAUCAAGAAGCAGAACAAGAACGCCGCGGCGACCGCCACCGCCGUCCACCCCGAAACGGUGGAGGAGAGGCAGCCGACGCCCGUUUCCGGUCACCCGCCGCCGUCGAGAGAACUUCCGGAACGGGAACCGGAGGAGCAGCCGGUCAGGAGACCGGCCGUCGCCAGGAGAACUUCGGCGGAAACUCACGCUCCCCCCGCGGCCAGGAGUGCCUCGUCGGACUCGAGCACCGGCUCCGAGAGCUCGGCGGGAUCCGGGAUACGCAGUACGGGCGCGCCGUUCACGACCGAGGAGAUGAAGCAGAAGUACCUGUCGAGAGCACCCCCGACCAGCACGACGACCACCGUCUCCACCGCAACCGGCAGAGAGUCAUCGAACGCCGCCCCACCGGCCCCCAGAGCACCGUUUCAGAGCCGUUUUUUAGGCGCAGGUAACCGUGCGGCUCCACCACCGCCGGUUCAGACGCCGCGGGAGGAACCAGCGGCGAAAAAGAAGGAAGAGGAGGACGAAGACGAGGAGACAAGCAGCUCUUCCGAGGAAACGGAGUCGGACACUGAAGAAGAGUCGGAAACGGAGGGUCAUCCGUCCAAGACUACCCCAACCGCGGCUUCCGUGGCUUCUCAAGAUCGCCAGAGAAGCGAAUCCGCCAUGGCACGCACCGACAUCGGGCCUUUGCUCGCUCGCAGCGCCGAGGCUAGAAGAGGAAGCAAGGAAGAUUCGCCUUCCACCAGGUAUUCGUCGCCGAGGGGCAGCCCCGCGCAAUCCGUGACGACGACGAUGACGACGCCGAGCGGCGGCGGUGGCGGCGGCGGCGGCGGCGCCGCGAUGACGACGACGACGUCGACGCCGGGCGGCUACACCAGCAGGUUCUUGAACAAGAGCAGAAGUCAGGCGGCGAUGAUGGCAUCCCGCGAACGGGAACGUGAGCGCGAGCGGGAACGCGAGCGGGAACGCGAGCGGGAACGCGAGAGGGAACGCGAGAGGGAACGCGAGAGAGACGUGGACGCGGAGGCCGACUCGCCCUUGUCGACGAGAUCCCGCUACGCGGCCCUGAAGGAGCGCCGACAACGGCUGGCACGUUCCAGGAGCUCGCACAACUUCGGCGGCGACGACCUCGACCUGGACGAGGAACCACCAUCGCCAACGACCCAGUCGCCGAACGCCUACCUGGCGGCCAAGUACGGCGCCGGCUCUGAGCUGGCGCGGAGCCGCAGCACCCACGCCCUGAAGUCGAGGGAGCCGAGUCCGGAGCGCGAUCGUCCGGGCGCGGAAAAGGACGGCGCGGCCUUGAGCUCCUGGGCCAGGUACCUCAAGAACAAGUACGGCAACCGCACCACCAAGGACAAGGAACCGCCCUCCUCGUCCUCCACGAUACCUUCGUCCAGCAGUACCAGUGCGGCUUCGCGAAGGCUGUCGUUGGGCCUGCCUCUGAGGCACACCGGGCAAGCAUCCUUCGAAUCUUCUGACGACGACCAAAAAAACCCGUCAGGCUCCCCCACGUCCCCUACAGCAGCUCCCGUUAUACCCGCGGCAGCAGGUUCCUCCACUAGCAAUGGUCGGAGGAGUCAUUACUUGCUGAAGCGGCGGCAGCUGUUUAAGUUCGGGAUGCGGGGGAGCGAUGCCGGAUGCUUUACCUGGCCGAGAGGCCUCGCAGUCGGCCCGGACAACUCCAUCGUCGUGGCCGACAGCUCCAAUCAUCGUGUUCAAGUAUUCGACGGUAAUGGGAACUUCAUGAAGGAGUUCGGAACGUACGGCAGCGGCGAGGGCGAGUUCGAUUGCCUCGCCGGGGUGGCCGUAAACCGGAUCGGCCAGUACAUCAUCGCGGACCGCUACAACCACAGGAUCCAGGUGCUCGAUCCGUCCGGCCGCUUUCUGCGCGCCUUCGGCUCUCAGGGCACCGCCGACGGCCGAUUCAAUUAUCCCUGGGGCAUCACCACCGACGCUCUCGGAUUCAUCUACGUGUGCGACAAGGAGAAUCAUCGCGUGCAGGUAUUUCAAUCGGACGGCACAUUCGUGGGCAAGUUUGGCUCAUGCGGUAGCGGACGCGGCCAGUUAGAACACCCGCAUUACAUCGCGGUGAGCAACACCAAUCGAGUGAUCGUCAGCGACGGCAAUAAUCACCGCGUGCAAAUAUUCGACGUGAACGGCCGUGUGUUGACGUCCUUCGGCUCGGAGGGCUCGGACGAGGGCCAGUUCAAGUUCCCGCGGGGCGUCGCCGUGGACGAUCAGGGCUACAUCGUCGUCGCUGAUUCCGGCAACAACCGGAUACAGAUCUUCAGCCCCGACGGCGCUUUCCUCAAGUCCUUCGGCUGCUGGGGCAGCGGCGACGGCGAGUUCAAAGGUCUCGAGGGAGUCGCCGUCACCUCCACCGGCAACAUCGUCGUCUGCGACCGUGAGAAUCACCGGGUCCAAGUAUUCUGAGUUCGUCGAUUAUGUUUCAUGUAACGAAGGGGCUCUGCUCCCUUCUUUAACCAAACAGUUAACUACGCGUUGGUCGAUAUUCGCGUUUAUUAAUACUGCGUUUAUUAAUGACGAGCGAAUAUUGGGAGAAUACCUCUGGACCGCGUCGCACAUUUCAAUGGAAGAGUGUAUCGACUUCUACGAGUCCGAAUAAAUAUCUGCAAAGUCGAGUUUCAAUAAUCUCCAUUAGUUUUCUUGCAUCACAUUUUUUUUAUCUGAAAUUUGUAACGGAUACUUAGCAAAGCUCGAAAUUGAAAAAAAGGGUGGAAAAAAUUAAACAGAGAAAAUAAUUCUGUACAUUUUGGGAGGUAAAUUAUUGUAAUUUUAUAUUAAAAUUGAUAUAUAAUAUCUUGAAAAAUUUACGAACUUUAAUAUCGGAUCAGAUUAUUUAAUUUAGCGAUUGUUAAUUAAAUAGAGACAUUCUGCAAACAUAUUAUUACGUAUUAAUUUUCGUCAUAAAGCUGGGGUGAGAUAUCGUUA